CCUCAUUUUUUCACUUUUCAGGCUUAGGGUUAGGGUUUUACCAGACGGAGAUUCUGGAAAUGGAGCCUGAGAGAAAGCUAUCGGCGGAGGCUGGCUCCGUAUUCCAGGAAGGCAUAGGAUUGGUUCUGUCUCGGUGGUCAGCGCUCCAAUUGGCCGUCGAGAACGAGUGGGGCGGUCGUGACUCGCGCCGCAAAGCGGAGCAACUCGUCGCCGAUAUCUUCUCCUGGUUCAAUCACUCCACAGAGCCUCUUUACAUAGAUGAUUUGGAAGAUAUGCUGAAUGAAGCUAUGCUUUCUCUCAACACUAUGACAGAGGAUGGCAGCAUCGAGGAGGUAGCUGAAAAGUUAAUGAUUAUGCAUGAAGAGUGUUUAAAUUGUAAUUUCAAGUCGAUUGAAAGCCUAAGGGAAGCCAAUCAGCGAAGAGUUGCUCUUCCGCAUGUUAGAGAGGUUGCAAAUGAUGAUGACGAGGAUAGUGACGAAGACAAUGAUAAUAUAGCUCAUAGCAUGGGAAAUGAUGACUCCUCAAACAUGAUGGUAGACAUACCGGAGGCUCAUUUGAACUUAAAUCCCGUAGACGUCUCCAGCAAUGAGUCAAAGCCCAAGCCGUCGGCUGAAGCAGAAGAUGGAUGGGAGGUAGUUGGACCUAGAAAACAUAGGGGUAAAAGGAAUUAGCUUGAACCCCCAAGUGUAUGCAGUUCCCCUAUGUGCUAGUCGUUUUGCUCAACAAUUUUGUCAUCUAAUUCUCUCUGAACUAGGGUGAAUAUAUGUAUAAUCUGGAUAAUAUACAAGUCUUCUAUAUAAUUUCUCAGCAUUAACCAUUAAUCUAUAGAUAAUUGCUUCA